AUGACUGCAUCCAAGACGCUCGUGGUCGCUGGAGCAGGUGUCGUAGGACUUGCAGUGGCCCGUGCAGCUGCUUGUCGAGGAAUCGAGGUAUUGGUCUUGGAAAGAAAUGUACUCGUAGGACAGGAAACCAGUUCGCGCAAUAGCGAAGUCAUUCAUGCGGGCAUUUACUAUGCCAAAAAUAGUUGGAAGGCAAAACUCUGCGUUAAAGGCAAAGACAUGCUCUACGAUUUCUGUCGGGAGUUUCACGUUCCUUUCUUGCAAUGUGGUAAACUGAUUGUGGCGCAAUCGCAUCAGUCGGAGCCAUUGCGAUCGAUCCUCAAGUGCGGACUGGCGAAUGGUGUGAGUGAUUUGAAACUGCUGACGCAAAAAGAGGCACGAGCUCUGGAGCCGCAGAUCAAAUGCCACGAAGCGGUAUUCUCAUCAUCAACGGGUAUUGUGGACUCGCACGCGUUCAUGCAGGCGCUACAGGGCCAUGCCGAGACGUUUGGUGCGGUUGUGGUGCGAGCGACCGCAGUCCAAGGAGGCAAGUAUGAUGCAAAAUCAAAGACAUUUACGAUAAGAGCAACACAUGACAAUGGAGAGGACGAUCAGGAGGUGGAGUGCGACUACUUUGUCAACGCUACGGGCAUGUUUGCGUCGAAUCUUUUAAGGAAGAUGGUAUUCUCUAAUAUUGAGCAUCCAUUAUUGCGUCCGCUGCCUUCUGUUCCAGACCAAUUCGCCAAGGGCACGUACUUCAAGCUAAGUCCACAAAACCGACCAUUUAGUCAUUUGGUUUAUCCUAUCCCUGAGGUCGGCGGUCUGGGUGUGCAUGCGACGGUUGAUCUGGCAGGCAAUGUUCGUUUUGGACCAGACGUUCAGUGGAUUGACAACAUCGACUAUAAUCCUGACCCGUCAAAAGCGGAGGAGUUUGCAGAGAGGAUUGGUACAUACUGGCCCGAGGUGCGUGCAGAGCUAUUGGAAGCUGAUUACUGUGGCAUUCGACCGAAAAUUACAAUCAAUGGCAAGAUUUUCGAGGACUUCUACAUCGCGGACAAGCAUAUACACGGUCUACCAGGCUUUGUGCAUCUUUGCGGCAUCGAGUCACCUGGUCUUACUGCAUCGCUUGCUAUCGCUGAUACUGUUGUCGACAUGCUGCAAGACAAAGCAUGA